AUGGAUCCUCAGCACGACGCCAAGUUUCCUCUACAUGAGGCCGCUCGAGAGGGAAGGACUCAGGUGGCCGAGUCACUUCUGAACGUAAAUCCGAAGCUUGCGAAUGUCAAAGAUGACGAUGAGCGUCUCCCCAUCCACUGGGCUGUAGCACACAAUCGGCUUCCUAUCGUGGAGCUACUAGUGGCCACCAAGCACUUCGAUCCAGAUGUUGAGGAUGGUUCAGGCUGGACCCCAUUAAUGAUCGCAGCCAGUCUAAAGAACGCCGAAGGAGAUCCCAUCAUCGACCUACUCUUGAAGAAGGGCGCGGACGUAAAUGCGAAGAGUAACUCUGGACAGAAUGCGCUCCACUUCGCAACCUCCAAAGCCAACCUUUCCACCGUUCGCACUUUAAUAGCGAAUAAAUGCAGCGCCAGAAUUAAAGAUAAGCGCGGGCAACUAGCACUUCAUCGCGCUGCAGCUAUCGGAUCGUCACCCAUUAUCAAGGUUCUUCUCCAAGAUGGGAAAAGUCCCGUCAAUGCCACGGAUAUGGACGGUCUGACUGCUCUGCACCAUGCUAUCUCCGAGGGCCACGGUGAAGCUGCGAUCACUCUGCUUAAGGCCGGUGCUGAAACGGAUAAGAAGGACGCCGAUGGCACUUUGGCUAUUGAUAUGGCACCAGAUGCAAGCGUUCGAACAUAUAUUCGGCAAACCGCAGAAAUGGAGGGUCUAGAAAUCUAA